GCUCUCACCGGCUUCGCUGCAGAGUGCACACCCCAACACAGCCAAACUUCUCUGUCUCUCAUGCUCUGUUUCGCUACGAACCAGAGCAUGGCGCGCCUUACCUGGUCUUCCUUUCUCUUUGUCCUUUAUAUCUUCCAUGUUUCUGAUGCCGGUUCCAUCGGAGUGAACUACGGCCGUAUCGCUAACAACCUUCCCUCGGCAGCAAAGGUUGUGGAGCUUCUCAAAUCUCAUGGCCUAGGGCGUGUCAAGGUCUUCGACACCGACCCGGCAGUCCUCAAAGCCUUGUCCGGAUCCGGAAUCAGGGUCACGGUGGACCUUCCCAAUGAGCUUCUCUUCGCCGCUGCCAGAAGCAAGUCCUUCGCCUCCACUUGGGUACAGAGUAACAUUGCGGCCUACUACCCCGCCACCGAGAUCGAAGCCAUUGCCGUGGGAAACGAAGUCUUCGCGGACAAACGCAACACGACCCGGUUCCUCGUACCCGCGAUGAAAAACAUCCACGACGCUCUUGUCAAGUACAACCUUAACAACGCCAUAAAAGUCUCUUCCCCCAUUGCCCUCAGCGCCCUCCAAAACUCUUACCCAUCUUCGGCCGGGUCGUUCAGGCCCGAACUAGUUGAACCCAUUUUCAGACCCAUGUUGGACUUCCUCCGCCAAACUGGUUCGUUCCUUAUGGUCAAUGCGUACCCUUUCUUCGCCUACGAGUCAAACUCUGACGUAAUCUCGCUGGACUACGCUCUGUUCCGUGAAAACCCGGGUGUGGUGGACUCCGGCAACGGGUUACGGUACUUCAGCUUAUUUGACGCUCAGGUUGACGCCGUUUUUGCCGCCUUAUCCGCAUUGAAAUACGACGACAUCAAAAUGGUUGUAACGGAAACUGGUUGGCCUUCUGAGGGGGACGAAAAUGAGGUAGGUGCAUCGAUACAGAACGCGGCGGCGUACAACGGAAAUCUGGUGCGUAGGAUCUUGACAGGCGGCGGGACCCCUUUGAGACCCAAAGCGGAUCUGACCGUCUAUCUCUUCGCUCUCUUCAACGAGAACAAGAAAAACGGUCCCACGUCGGAGCGAAACUACGGGCUAUUCUACCCGAACGAGCAGAAAGUUUACGACAUACCGUUUACAGUGGAGGGCUUGAAGGAUUACCACGAUAACAGGCCACCGGCCACAGGUAAUCAACGGGUGACGACCCCGGUCAGCGGUGGUGGAGGGGGAGUUUCGACGAGCUCUUCAGGGAACAGGUGGUGCGUGGCGAAUGGUGAGAUGGGGAAGGAGAAGCUGCAGGCGGCUCUAGACUUCGCAUGUGGCGAAGGAGGGGCGGACUGCCGUCCGAUCCAACCGGGUGCCUCGUGUUACGAUCCCAACACACUCCACGCCCACGCUUCGUUCGCCUUCAACAGCUAUUACCAGAAGAAGGGUCGUGCGGGAGGUAGUUGUUACUUUGGUGGCGCGGCGUACGUGGUCACGCAACAACCUAAGUUUGGGAAGUGCGAGUAUCCUACUGGGACUGGAUACUGAAGAGAGAGCAUGCAAUGGGGAACUGAGAAUGGUUGACUCAAGAUGUUGCCAUGUAAAAGAGUUGUCGAGAGAGAGAGAGAGAGAGAGAGAGAGAGAGAGGUUACAAUAGCAUUAUUAUUAUUUAUUGUAGUUGUUCAAUCGGUAGUAAUAAUUUUGGGUUUUCUGAACUCUUUUUGUACUAAAUGUCGGUAGGAAUCGUACGUUGGUGUCAAUAGACACUGAGCUGGGACUGUUUCGUCUGUAAUUAAUUUCCUCCAUCAAUCUCUAUAGUUGGUUUGGAUGUUGCAA